CACAUGGGGGCGGGCAAGAGCAAGCCCAAGGAGCCAGGCCAGCGCUCCAUGAGCCUGGAUGGUACCAUUGGCACAGGUUCAGAUAGCGGACACUUCCACCACCUGGGCCCAGCUCAGCAGACCCAAACUCCCAACCGAAGCCCUGCUGUCGGAACAGGCAGGCGAGGCCAUCAAGGGCAGCACCAGCUCGCCCCAACAAAUACUCCAGAACUGGCUCUUUUUGGAGGGGUGGACCACACAGGAACUAUCACGUCACCCCAGAGAGGACCACUGUCCGUAGGUGUCACUACGUUUGUGGCGCUGUAUGACUAUGAGUCACGGACAGCAUCUGAUCUGACAUUUAGGAAAGGUGACCGGCUGCAGAUUGUGAACAACACGAAAAAGUACAGCUUCAGAGAGGGGGACUGGUGGCUCGCUCGCUCCCUAACAACAGGAGAAAGUGGUUACAUCCCCAGCAACUACGUGGCUCCAUCCGACUCCAUCCAAGCAGAAGAGUGGUAUUUCGGUAAGAUCACUCGUCGUGACUCGGAAAGGCUCCUUCUGAAUCUGCAGAACAGACGAGGAACCUUCCUGGUGAGGGAGAGUGAGACCACUAAAGGGGCGUACUGCUUGUCCGUGCUGGAUUAUGAUAACAGCAAAGGCCUCAAUGUUAAACAUUACAAGAUCAGGAAGCUGGAUAGUGGUGGUUUCUACAUCACCUCCCGCACCCAGUUCACCAGCCUACAACAACUAGUCUUCCACUACCGCAAGCACUCUGAUGGGCUGUGUCAUGCACUAACAGAUGUGUGUCCAGUGGCCAAACCUCAGACCCAGGGGCUGGCCAGGGACGCCUGGGAAAUUCCUCGAGAAUCCCUUCGCUUGGACGUUAAACUGGGACAGGGCUGCUUUGGAGAAGUCUGGAUGGGCACAUGGAACGGUACAACACGGGUAGCCAUCAAAACCUUAAAGCCUGGCACCAUGUCUCCAGAGGCCUUCCUCCAGGAAGCACAGGUCAUGAAGAAACUGAGGCAUGAGAAGCUGGUCCAGUUGUACGCUGUUGUGUCUGAGGAGCCCAUCUACAUUGUGACUGAGUAUAUGAGCCAAGGGAGUUUAUUGGACUUCCUUAAAGGAGAGGCAGGAAAGAUGCUUCGUCUGCCACAGCUGGUAGACAUGGCUGCUCAGAUUGCAGCGGGGAUGGCUUAUGUGGAGAGGAUGAACUACGUCCACAGAGACCUGCGUGCUGCUAACAUCCUGGUAGGAGACAGCUUAGUGUGUAAGGUGGCUGACUUUGGUCUGGCAAGGCUGAUUGAAGACAACGAGUACACUGCAAGACAGGGAGCCAAGUUUCCAAUCAAAUGGACGGCACCUGAAGCAGCGCUGUACGGUCGUUUCACCAUCAAAUCAGAUGUCUGGUCCUUUGGUGUUCUACUUACUGAGCUUGCAACUAAAGGAAGAGUCCCCUAUCCAGGUAUGGUUAACCGCGAGGUGCUCGACCAGGUGGAGCGCGGCUACAGGAUGCCUUGCCCGGCAGAGUGCCCCACUUCUUUGCAUGAGCUCAUGCUUUCCUGCUGGAGGAAGGACCCAGAGGAGAGACCUACCUUUGAGUAUCUGCAGGGCUUCCUAGAGGACUACUUCACCUCCACAGAACCUCAGUAUCAGCCUGGGGAGAACCUAUAGAACUGCACCCUGAACCAAACCUGAAUCAAAAGUGGGGCCUCUGCUCUGAAUGAUCUGCACUAACCGACCUCAGACGGAGGAUCUGAGCCUGUGAAACUAUUCUGAGGAACUUCUUUAGUGGAAGCAAAACCGAAAUGGAAACCCGCAGACGUCGUCCUGUGUGCUGUAAGAGAACUGCUACAGAACAUGGAGAACUUUUGUUCGGCAAGGACUCCAAGUUUACCUAAGAUUUAUUCCCUUCAUAAAAGAGGCUCAAAACUGUAAAAGGAGAACUGUUGUUGGACUGGACUGAGUGACAAAACUUGCCGAUAGAUGUUUUUUUUUUAGGGAAGAGUUAAAUCAGGAUGCACAGAGUGAGGGCUUGAAAAUGAACUCUCCUGUACAGAAGAAAAGGGUUGGGGAAGAUAUUUUAGUUGCUCAUGAGCUGUAUUUAGUGAAGUCUCUUUUUGUUUUAUUUUAUUUUUCUCAUCUGUUGCAUCUCUCUCCCCUCGUCUGGUGUCUUGUCCACCCACAGAAGAGCACUGCCACUGUGGCUACAGUGCCAAAAGAAAAUCUGUCUCCCUUCAUGAUCUCCCCAUCAAUUCAGCUUUCUUUCUUUGUUC